AUGCUGUCAGCGUGGGCAGGUGUCUUUCUCUUUGUUUUCUAUAUCUUGACAAGAGAAUUCUCUCCAUUGUCCCAAAUACCAGGACCAUGGUACACCCGAUUCACCAGUCUAUGGAUCAAGUAUCAAGAGUUCACAGCGAAUCGUCGCGAAUUCAUCCAUCGGCUACAUCAGAUCUACGGACCUGUCGUCCGACUGGCUCCAAACGAAGUAUCCUUCGCAAGUCUCGAGGCUAUCAAGGAGAUCUAUUCCUCUGGAGGAAGCGGGUAUGACAAGACCGAGUUCUAUGACCUUUUUCGGCAAUUUAGAAUCAAGACGAUGUUCUCUACACUGUCCAAGGAUGAGCAUAGCAAGAGAAAACGGCUGUUGGCAGAGCGAUAUGCCAUGACCAAUAUCAUGAAAGAGAAACCCCUCGCAGAAAUCAACGAAUGCGCCAUGUCUUUUGUGUCUAGAUGCACAGAGGCUGGUCAGAAGAGUAUUGAUGUUUAUGCUCUCCUCCACUGCUAUGCCCUAGACUGCGUCACACAUUUUAUGUUCAGUCCCAGAGGGCUUAAAUCCCUCGAUAUCCCCAAGGACUUCGAAGUGAUGCAAGAGAUGACAUAUCAUCAAAGCCUUCAGCAAAACCUACUGGAGUACUACCUCCCACAAGUAGCGCUUCAUUUCCCAAGAGCACUCCGGCCGGGCGCCUCACCCAUAGCAGACAAAUACGUAAUAGAGAUGGCCUCCCAAACAAAUCUGGAAUCAUAUACACUCAUGGAGAAACUAACGCGCAAAGGAUCCAGCCUCGAGCUUAUGCAAGCAGCCGCAGAAUGCAAGGACCACAUGGCAGCCGGCAUUGACACGACCGGCGACGGGCUAUGCUUCCUCAUGUGGGAGCUGUCGCGACCACAUAACCUUGAAUUCCAGUGCCGGCUGCAUGAUGAAAUUGUCUCUACGCCGGCAGAUGCAACACUUGAUAGCCUUGUCUAUCUCGAUGCUGUUAUCAAGGAAGCGCUCCGCUGCUCCCCACCUAUCCCUAUGUCGCUGCCUCGCUAUGUGCCUGACGGCGGCCGGGUGAUUGAUGGGUACUUCGUUCCAGCCCAUACGAUUGCCAGUUGCCAGCCCUAUACUGUGCACCGUUUGAAUGAGGAGGUGUUUCCAGAUCCGGAUCGUUUCUACCCGGAUCGAUGGCUUGAGGCGGAGGGUGCGGCGGAUCGGAAUAGGCUCUUUUUUGCGUUUGCUGUUGGGGGGCGCGGGUGCACAGGGAAGAAUCUCGCGCUGGUGGAAAUGAAAAUACUUCUUCGUGAAGUGUAUUCGCGCUUCCAGACCACGGUGGCUCCGGAUAUGACGGCGUCGAUGGAAAUCCAUGAGCAGAUUAUUUCUGCGAGACCCAAGGGGCAGAUGUGCAAGCUUAUUUUCCGUCCAAUUUAG